CACUAUUCGUUCCGUCUCCGGAAAGAUGUGGAGAGUGCUGUGCGCGAUCGUCGCUCUCGUGGCGAUUGUAAAUCCAGUGGCGGUGACGAAAGACAUCCGCCGACGGAUUCCGGUCGAACUCCAACUGAAACACUACCUCAGUUACAAGGAAGUGAUGGAAUAUCUGGAUGAGUUGGCAAUCACCUAUGCAGAUAGGGUUACCAUAAAGGAUGUGGGUCGAACCUACGAAGGUCGAGCCCUAAAAGUCGUCAUGAUAACGAACGGUGACGGAAGACCGGGAAAGAGAGUGAUAUUCAUGGAUGCCGCUCUCCACUCCCGCGAGUGGAUGACACCCGCCGUCGCCCUCCUUGCCAUCCGUAAACUGGUGGUGGAGUUCGAGGAGAAUUCCGAUCUCCUGGCCGAUUACGAUUGGCACAUAAUGCCCUUGGCAAAUCCAGAUGGCUACGAGUACUCCCGCAAUACAUAUAAAUAUUGGAGAAACACAAGGACUCCGAAUGGCGGCAGUUGCUACGGCACCAAUCUCAACCGAAACUUUGAAGUGGGAUGGGGAGUGGGUUUUCCGGAGCUACGGGAUCCCUGUGAUGAGAACUACGCGGGUAGUACACCAUUCUCCGAGGUGGAGGCACGAACAGUGCGCGACAUAAUGCUCAAUCUGGUGGAAACUAAGAGGGCUCUUAUUUAUCUUUCUCUGCACACGGCGAACCGCUCAAUUUUCUAUCCUUGGGUAUACGAUACUUCUCCAGUGCCUAAUAAUGAAGAACACGAUGAAAUCGCCAGGUUCGCUGCCGAAAGUAUAUUUCAAAGUACGGGUACUACUAUAAAGCCGAAUCAGGGUUCUAAAUACGGCGGAACAUUUGGUGGCACCAGCCUGGACUAUGCAUUUUACGUGGGUUUCCCGCUGUCCUUUGUGUUCGAGAUGUCGGGAACGGGCCAGGAUGAUGUGGAGUACAAGUUCUUUCCACGUACCAGAGAUAUUCGCCACCUUGCUGAAGAGUCGUGGACGGGAAUUCGAGCGAUGGCCGAGAAGGCUAUUGAAAAAUAUCCACCUUUCAGAUCUAUUUAUUACAUAGAGAAAUACCAACUUUCCGGAAAUGGAGCUUCGCGGAGUUGGGGCUUAAAUUACUUAGUUGGAACAGUUGCAUUAUUUUACUUAUAUUUCACAAAUAAUAUUUUAAGCUGAGUGUUUUCAAUAAGAUACUCAAAUUUGUAUUUUA